AGGGUUUUUAGUAAUAUGAAAUUUUAUGUUCCCCGCGAUAGUUAAUCACUGUUCAAUACACUGCUGUAAGAGACUUAAAUCUUUUAAAAGGGUUGCAAUCUCUGAUUGCUGGAGUGCUUCAUCUGUGUAAAAACCCGCCCAGCAGCCAUGUCCUCCUCCUUUUUUGGAAUCUAUUUACAGACGGGCAAGUGAACAGAACUGGUCAGCAUUGAAGAAAAACCUAGCACGGUGGCAUCCAAGGAUGGAAGGUAUUCUCAUGUAAAGUGGCCAUGUACAGAGUAAUGAUUACCAUCGUCAUUGUCACUCAUUGAACUCAUGACAGGCAAUCCAAUCCCAGCCGCGGUUACGGUAACUGGUUUCUUGGGGUGCAGUAAACGGUUUUCAGAAAUUUUCAGGUUAUAGAGGUGAAAGGGGAGCUAUAGAUGAGCAGCUGGUGUUACCAGCCGCCGGGAAUGGACGGUUGGGGUUGUCUGCCGCAGGAGGAGGAUGAGGCAGGAUGGCAAUGGGGAAGGGGCGGGCGGGCUUCGCCGCGGGGAAGGGGCGGUCGGGGUUCUCUGUCAUGGGGAAGGGGAAGGAGUGAACGGGGCGAGGAUGGGGGAGGAUGGGGACCGGGAAGGGGCGGAAGGGGUCCUGGUCGGGGUUCUCUGUCGUGGGGAAGGGGCGGUCGGGGUUCUCGGUCGUCGGGAAGGAGGGGACGGAGCUAUGGACGGGGCUCUCCGAAGAGGAAGGAUGAAGGAGGAUGGGAAUCUCGGCCGUGGAGAAGUAGCGGAUGGGGUUCUCCGCUGCGGGAGGAUGGAGGAGGAUGCCUGGGAACGAGCGGAUGGGGGGAGGAUGGAGGAGGGUGCUUGGGAACGAGCGGAUGGGAAUGCGGAAGGAGCGGAUGGGGUUCUCCGCCGCGGGAGGAUGGAGGAGGAUGCCUGGGAACGAGCGGAUGGAAUCCGCUGCGGGAAUUGGAUCUCGGAUUUGUGGAGGAGGAUGAUGAAGGAGGAGAGGAACGGGAAUCUCCGCCGACGGGAACGAACGAAGGGGUUCUGCUGCGGGAGGAUGAAGGGGGAAGCGAAUCUGUGGCGCCGGAGGAGGAUGAAUAUGAUUCUUCAGAGCAUGAUGAUGUCGCCAUGAGUUCACCAAGUGGGAGGAAUUCAGUUGGGAGAAAUCCCAAAGAAAAUAUCCAAUCUUUACAAUCCUCUCUGAAAUCUGGCAUUGAUGAAUAUUUUAAAAAGUUUCAAGAUAUGGAAGCCGAAUUAAUCAGAGUGAAAGCAGAUAAGGAGGAGUUGAGUGAAAUAAAAAGAAAAACGGAAGCCGAAUUAAUCAGAGUGAAAGCAGAUAAGGAGGAGUUGGGUGAAAUAAAAAGAAAAACGGAAGCCGUAUUAAUCAUAGCAAAGAGAGAUAUUAAGGAAUUGGCUGAAAGAAACAAAAAGCUAGAGGAGGAGCUCAAGAGGGUUAAAGAAGGAGAAGAAUCUAUCAAAAAACUAGAGGAGCAGCUCAAGAGGGCUAAAGAAGGGGAAGAAUCUAGCAGACAAAAUCUUGAGCAAACAAGAAACAAGCUGCGGGAGCUCUCUACAACAUUUGGUGCGAUGAAAGAAGAAUGCGACAAAGUAUGUGAUCAACAAGGAGCGGCUCCACAACUUAAGAAAAGAAAAUAUGUUCUUAAAGUUUUCGAGGUUAAUGAUUUGUUGAAUUGUCCAAUUUGCUGGGAACCGUGGAGUCAAUCGGGAGAACAUAAUGCCUGUUCUCUUUCGUGUGGCCAUUUCUUUGGCAAAUCAUGUAUAACACGAUGGAUUUCAAGUGAUGGAAAUCGCAGUUUCUCCAGUAUGAGGGCUGCUGUGCGAGUGAAGGACCUCUCUCUAGCAUUCUACAAUGAGCAAAUCCAGCCUAUCAUUCAGCGUAGAUGGGACAAGUUGAACACUCCUUUGCAUAUGGUUGCCUUUGCCUUGAAUCCUAAGUGGUACAAGGCUAGAUCGGGUAGAGUGUCACCGAUUCAGGAUGAUGAGGUGAAGGCAGGUUUCUUUAGGUGCGUAGAGAAGAUGUUUGAUUCCAGAGAUGCCGACAUAAUUCGCACUGAGUGGGGAAGAUUUGCCACUCUUAGAGGUUAUUCAGAUGCAACAAAGAUGAAUUUAGAAACUAUGGCACAGGAGGACCCAGUUUUGUGGUGGAAUUGUCAUGGCCCGAAAUCUUUGACAAUUCCACCACAAAACUAAGAUUGUGUUGUAAAUGGGUAAUCAGGAACUUCAAAAGCUAUAAUUUUGAAUUGGUCAGAAAAUUGUUCUAUUUAACACAGUAAACUUUAUACAUAUCAGGGUCUCCUGAUCUGGUAAAUUUGUAUAUAUUACGUUUUGUAAUACAAUAAUGGGGAGAUUAAUGUUUU